CAGGGACUCCAGAACUCCCCGGGACCUACAUCAAGCUACGCCCACCUGCACGCGCAGCUUGAGCUACUAAGCAAGCACACCACGCCCAACCCGUCAGACGACGCGACAGCCCCAUCCCGCGGAGCUCGUCCCCAAUCUCUUAACCCACCGAGCGCGUCGCCUGCUCAUGGCUAUAGUGAAGGCUCGACCUCGCCACCUACUGACGUCUUGCCGCCGAUAGUCAACAAUCACACCGACUCCGAAGCGCAUAUCCAUCCUGAUCUCCGAGCUCGAGCUACCCACGCGCCAGCCGUCAACAUGAUGCCCGCUGGCGUGCCUCCGCAACCCCAGCAACAGCAACAGCAACAGCAACAGCAACAGCAACAGCAGCCGAUUGCACCACCUGCAGCGACUGCCGGCCCCUCCACGGCGCCUCCUCCUCACUCCCCUCCGUCAAGCAUGGCGUUGGACGAGACCGCAGAGGGCCGCAAAGCCAAGCGCGAGUUGUCGCAAUCUAAGCGCGCCGCCCAGAACCGAGCUGCACAGAGAGCUUUCCGCCAGCGCAAGGAGGGAUACAUAAAAAAACUCGAGCAACAAGUAAGGGAUUACAUGGAAAUGGAGCAGCAGUACAAGGCGAUGCAGUCAGAGAACUACGCGUUGCGCGAGUACGUGAUCCACCUUCAGUCGCGCUUGCUUGACGUUCAGGGCGAAGUCCCUCAGCCUCCACCCAACGUCAACCUCCAACACCCGUCCAUGCCGGCUCCUCCGGUUCCAACGAGUGGCCCGGAAAUCCCUCCCAGCAAUGCGGGCGCCGGCCCUCUUGAAGCUGUCGCGCAGGCGGUGGCCGGUCUGCAGGCCCAGGAACAGCUUGCAGAGAGGCAGCAGUUUACAAACAAGGGCUUUCAGCCUGAGCAGAUGAAGGAGGAAACGCGACGGGAGGGUGAGGAGAUUGACCCCCAGCUGCCGGACAGCCUCCCGGCUCCGACCGCUUCUAUGUGAGCGCGCCCGAGAAAUAACGGCGCGUUGAAAUUUCAGUCU